CCCGAGAGCGCGUCUCCCCGUAGAGAGAGAGAAAGCGAGAGCGAAAAUUCUUUGACUUUCUUCACCCUUCCUUGUCAACUUUUUUUUUUUCUUUAUAAAUCAUGGCAGCCAAUAUCGAUCCUAACUCUGCUGUAUAUGCUACCGAUGAAUAUGGUAGACCUUUCAUUAUUGUUAGAGAAGGUCAACAAAAAUCUAGAUUAAGUGGCAUUGCUGCUAUUCGUUCUCACAUUCUUGCUGCCAAGACUGUUGCCAACAUCAUCAAGACUUCUCUUGGUCCUCGUGGUCUUGACAAGAUUUUGAUUUCUCCUGAUGGUGAUAUCACUGUCACCAACGAUGGUGCCACUAUUCUCGACCAAAUGGCCGUUGAACAUCAAAUCGCAAAGUUACUUGUCCAGUUAUCUCAAAGUCAAGAUCAAGAAAUUGGUGAUGGUACUACCGGUGUUGUUGUCCUCGCCGGCUCCCUGUUGGAACAGUGUGAACAACUUUUAGACCGUGGUAUUCAUCCUAUUCGUAUUGCUGAUGGUUUUGAACGUGCUUGUGCUGUUGCUGUGCAACACUUGGAUGAUAUUUCAGAUACUAUUGAAUUCAGUAAAGAUAACGUGUCCAACUUAAAAAAGACCGCCAUGACCAGUCUUGGUAGUAAGAUUGUGUCCAAGUGUCAUGAACAAUACGCCGACAUUGCCGUCAAUGCAGUCUUGUCUGUUGCUGAUUUAGAACGUAAGGAUGUUGAUUUUGAAUUGAUCAAGGUAGAUGGUAAGGUGGGUGGCUCUUUGGAAGACACCAUCUUGGUCAAGGGUGUUGUUAUUGAUAAGGAUAUGUCUCAUCCUCAAAUGCCUCGUGAAGUCAAGGAUGCCAAAAUUGCCAUCUUGACUUGUGCAUUUGAGCCUCCUAGACCCAAGACCAAGCAUCACAUUGACAUUACAUCGGUGGAAGAAUAUGAAAAGUUGAAGGCUUAUGAAGAGGAAAAGUUCAACUUGAUGAUCAACCAAGUCAAGGAUUCAGGUGCCAAUCUUGUCAUUUGUCAAUGGGGUUUUGACGAUGAAGCCAAUCAUUUAUUAUUACAAAACAAGUUACCUGCUGUCAGAUGGGUGGGUGGACCCGAGAUUGAAUUGAUUGCUAUUGCUACCAACGGUCGUAUUGUCCCUCGUUUUGAAGAUUUGAAUGCCGAAAAGUUGGGUCAUGCUGGUAUUGUACGUGAAUUGACCUUUGGUACUACCAAAGAUCGUAUGUUGGUGAUUGAAGAGUGUGCUAAUAGUCGUGCUGUCACCAUCUUUGUGCGUGGUGGUAACAAGAUGAUUAUUGAUGAAGCCAAGCGUUCUAUCCAUGAUGCCAUGUGUGCUGUCCGUAACCUUGUCCGUGACAACCGUGUGGUUUAUGGUGGUGGAGCUGCUGAAAUCAGUUGUUCCUUGGCCGUUGCCAAGGUUGCCGAUGAGAUUUCUUCUAUUGAACAAUAUGCUAUGCGUGCUUUUGCUGAUGCUUUGGAUGCCACACCUCUUGCUCUUUCCGAGAACUCUGGUCUCUCUCCCAUCGAAACCUUGGCCAAGGUCAAGGCUGAGCAAGUGCUUACGGGUAACUCCAAGUUGGGUGUUGACUGUCUCGGUAAAGGUUCCAACGAUAUGAAGGACCAACAUGUAUAUGACCCAUUGAUCUCCAAGCGUCAACAAUACUUAUUAGCUACUCAAUUGGUCAAGAUGAUCUUGAAGAUUGAUGAUGUGAUUACAACUUAUGAACAAUAAGGGAGAAAAUAAAUAAAUUUGUAUAGGGGGGUAGUAGAAUGAUCAAAAGGGAGUGAUAAUAAUCUAAAACUUUAAUGGACCCUUUUUCAUAAACAUGUAUAAAAAGGGAGGGCAAAUCGAAUAGCCUUUUUUUAGUUUUUGGCU